AUGGGAAAACUCCUAGAUCAUAUAACUCAGCCACCUCCUGAGCCUUUUUGUUUCCAGAAAGAAUUACAGAAAGCAGAAAAUGCUAUAGCGCUUAAAGCACAAGGUGCUUGAACUCAUGGGCAAGUGGUAAAACAGUUGUAAAGUGAAACUGAACAUUCUACACAGCUAAAGGUCCAGAUAUUUGGAUAUGAUCUUUUGACAAAGGUUAGCUACUCUGGUUUCUCAUGUAAAAUGCAACUAAAAGAAACUCAGAGACUCUGGAGAAGGAAUGUUCCAAAGCAGUCUCUGAUGCAUUCUCUGAGUGGCCUAGUGAGUGGCAAGAUGGCAGCUCACAAUCUGGAUACAAGUGGAAGUUUCUGGAAUGUGCCCCUUGAACAGAACAAAGUUAUGGCAGGUGGAGUCAGGUCAAGGGUCUCAGAUUAUGCAAAUGCAGUGACAAAAGCUAACUCCACAGAUUCUUGA